ACUCCCUCCACUCCACUCCACUCCCCUCCACUCCACUCCCUCCCACUGCAAACCUGACCAUGACCGCCAACAACACCGCCGGCUGCCGCUUCGCUGAUUACUUUGUGCUGAGCGGACUGGACGUCGAGACGGGUUUGGAGCCGGACGAGCUGUCGGCUUUAUGCCAGUUCUUACAGGCUUCUAAAGGCAGAGAUCGUGCGGGCUGUGUCAGUUCAAGUGCAGACGAAGGUGAAGAUUACGAGCAGAGCCCACUGAGGAGAACCUUCAAAUCCAAAGUGUUGGCUCACUAUCCAGAGAAUGUGGAGUGGAACCCCUUUGAUCAGGAUGCUGUGGGGAUGCUCUGCAUGCCCAAAGGCCUUGCGUUUAAGACUCAGUCUGACAACAGGGAACCACAGUUCCACUCGUUCAUCAUCACUCGUGAGGAUGGCUCUCGCACAUAUGGAUUUGCCCUCACAUUUUACGAGGAGGUGGCCAGCAAGCAGAUCUGCAGCGCAAUGCAAACCCUGUAUCACAUGCACAACGCAGAACAAUACGACAUCCUUUAUACCUCAUCUACAAUCUGCAUCAACUCAUCUGAGAGUAAUUCCGAUGACUGUGGUGACCUGCCCACUGGCAUAACAAAACUACAACGUUUUAAUUCAUACGACAUUAGCAGGGACACACUCUACGUCUCAAAGUGCAUUUGUUUGAUUACACCCAUGCCUUUCAUGCAAGCAUGUAAGAAGGUGCUUGAGCAACUCCAUCAAGCUGUGACUUCUCCUCAGCCCCCUCCAUUGCCAUUAGAAAGUUACGUUUACAACAUACUGUACGAGGUGCCACUCCCACCAGCAGGGAGGUCUUUGAAGUUUCUUGGUGUUUAUGGCUCAAUUGUUUGUCAAAGGCCAAGCAUCAAUGAACUACCACUGUUUGACUUUCCAAUCAACGAGAUGUUUGAGUUAUUGGGCCUGGAGAAUGUACUGCAACUCUUCACCUGUGCAUUGCUAGAGAUUCAGAUACUUCUGUACUCGCAACAUUACCAGCGACUGAUGACAGUGGCGGAAAGUAUCACUGCAUUGCUGUUCCCAUGUCAGUGGCAACACGUGUAUGUCCCUAUCCUUCCUGCAUCUCUCCUUCAUUUCUUAGACGCUCCUGUUCCUUACAUGAUGGGUUUACAUUCCAAUGGGGAGGAUGACCGAUCCAAACUGGAGCUACCGCAGGAGGCCAAUCUCUGCUUUGUAGACAUAGACAACCAUUUCAUUGAACUCCCAGAAGACUUGCCACAAUUUCCAAAUAAAUUGGAAUUCAUUCAGGAAAUCUCGGAGAUCUUAAUGGCAUUUGGGAUUCCACCAGAAGGGAACCUGCACUGCAGUGAAAGUGCCUCCAAACUGAAGAACUUUAAAGGCAGAGAUGUUUGUGAUAAAAAGAAUGGAAACCUGGCUGGAUCUGCACGCAACACAUAUGAAUUACUGAAGGAGAACGAGACCAUGGUCAGGCUGCAGGCUCUUGUCCAAAGGACUGGUGUCAGUUUAGAGAAGUUUGAGGUGAGAGAGGAAGCCAGCAAUAACAAAGACAUGAAGGUGCACUGUGAUGAAGAGGAGCUAAAGGUUCAUCAACUGAACAUCCAGAUCAGGGAAGUCUUUGCCAAUCGCUUCACUCAGAUGUUUGCAGAUUAUGAGGUGUUUGUAAUUCAGCCAAAUCAGGAUAAGGAAUCCUGGUUCACUAACCGUGAGCAGAUGCAGAACUUUGAUAAGGCUUCUUUCCUCUCAGAUCAGCCUGAGCCCUACCUGCCGUUCCUGUCUAGAUUCUUGGAAACGCAGAUGUUCGCUUCCUUCAUUGAUAACAAGAUAAUGUGCCAUGAUGAGGAUGAGAAGGACCAGAUCUUAAGGGUUUUUGAUACCCGAGUGGACAAAAUCAGAACACUGAAUGUCAGAACACCAACACUCCGAACAUCAAUGUACCAAAAGUGCACGACUAUCGAUGCUGCAGAUGCACAAUUAAAAAAGAGGUUUGAAAAUAUUGACAUAUUUGCUCCAUCUCCUCGACUUGUUGGAACGGAGACCUGCAAAGCAGAUCUUAGUAAAUAUUCAGAGAAGGCAAUUGAACUGAGACUUGCAAAGAUUGAUCACACUGCAGUGCACCCUCACCUGCUGGAUAUGAAGAUCGGGCAGGGGAAGUACGAGUCUGGAUUCUUCCCCAAACUGCAGGCAGAUGUUCUUUCCUCAUCUCCAGCUAGUAACAAGUGGGUGAAGCGGAGUGCACCAGCUCAGUGGAGGCGGAAGGACCGACAGAAGCAGCACACAGAACACCUGCACCUAGACAACGACCAGCGAGAGAAAUAUAUACAGGAAGCUCGGAAUCUUGGAACCGGCAUGCGGCAGCCAAAGCUUUCCAACCUUUCCCCUUCAGUGAUCGCACAAACCAACUGGAAGUUUGUUGAGGGUUUGUUAAAGGAAUGUCGGAAUAAGACUAAGCGCAUGUUGGUGGAGAAGAUGGGGAGAGAGGCGGUGGAGCUGGGUCAUGGUGAGAUCAACAUCACAGGAGUCGAAGAGAACACACUGAUUGCCAGUCUCUGCGAUUUGUUAGAGAGAAUAUGGAGCCAUGGGCUGCAGGUCAAGCAGGGUAAAUCGGCUCUGUGGUCCCACUUAUUACACUAUCAGGAGACGAAAGAGAAGAAAGAUGCCAUCUCAGGUGGUACCAGCAGCUCAGGAACGAUCCACGAUCAAGAAAGAAGGAAAUCAGAUGUCAGCCUUGCCAUGCCUCCCCUGAAGAUCUCAGUGACCCAGGACAUGAGGCACAUCCAGAACAUUGGUGAGAUCAAAACUGAUGUAGGCAAAGCACGAGCCUGGGUGAGAUUGUCCAUGGAAAAGAAACUGCUAUCCCGGCACCUCAAACAACUCCUCUCAGACCAGGAGUUAACAAAAAAGCUGUACAAACGUUACGCCUUCUUGCGCUGUGAUGAUGAGAAGGAACAAUUUCUUUACCACCUCCUUUCAUUCAACGCAGUGGAUUACUUCUGCUUUACUAACGUGUUUACAACCAUCAUGAUUCCAUACCACGUGCUGGUGAUUCCCAGUAAGAAACUGGGUGGCUCCAUGUUUACAUCUAAUCCCUGGAUCUGUAUAUCAGGAGAACUGGGGGAGACGGGCAUCUUGCAGGUGCCUAAGAGCAUCCUUGAAAUGACAUUUGAGUGCCAGAACUUGGGGAAACUCACUACAGUGCAGGUUGGUCACGACAACUCGGGCUUGUAUGCCAAGUGGCUGGUGGAAUGCAUCAUGGUUAGGAAUGAGAUAACCGGUCAUGCGUACAAGUUCCCGUGUGGGAGGUGGCUCGGUAAAGGGGUGGAUGACGGGAGUUUGGAGAGGAUCCUGGUCGGGGAACUCGCGUCAGCCACUCAGGAAAACGAUGAGCGGCACUGCCGAACACCCCCUAUGCAGCAAUCUCCCAGUAUGAUCAGAAGACUCGUCAACAUAACUCCCACCAGCAGGCCAAAGCUGAACACUGGUCAGAUACAAGAGUCCGUUGGCGAAGCUAUCAAUGGGAUCGUCAAACACUUUCAUAAGCCUGAAAAAGAGAGAGGCAGCUUGACAUUACUGCUUUGUGGCGAAAAUGGGCUUGUAACUGCCUUGGAACAGGUGUUCCACCAUGGAUUUAAGUCACCGAGACUCUUCAAAAAUGUCUUCAUUUGGGACUUUUUGGAAAAGACUUACGCUCACUUUGAGAGCCUUGAACAGACUGAAGUGACUCCAGAAGAGAACUGGCAGACGCGGGCCAGGAAUUUCUGCAAGUUUGUCAGUGCCAUCAACAGUGCUCCCAGGAACAUUGGAAAAGAUGGCAAGUUUCUGCUGCUGGUCUGCUUGGGCUCAAGGGACCACCUCUUGCACCACUGGAUCGCGCUGCUUGCCGACUGCCCAAUCACGGCUCAGAUGUACGAGGACAUGGCUCUCAUCAAAGACCACACCCUCGUCAACUCCUUGAUCCGAGUGCUGCAAACCCUGCAGGAGUUCAACAUCACCCUCGAGGCAUCUUUGGUCAAAGGAAUAGACAUUUAGGCAGUGACCGUGCACUGCUGACAGCACUAGCAGGGAGGAGGGAGCGUACAGCUUAUGACGUGCGCGAGAUAAAUGCUACAGGAAACACAAGACUGCAAUAUUUGGAACUCAGCAGCUAGUUUAGAAGUUGCAAAGAAGUUGCCAUAAAGUAUGUGCAAUGAGCCUUUUUAAAGCCUGUUGCCCAAGACUGUAUUGGCUGUGUUGGGCAAUUUUAGGGUUUAAAAUAAUGUGCAUACACUCCAUUUCUAAUGUUUACUGGUUUUACUGCGCUUAACAGCCAACACAAGAGAGAUGCUUUUUUUUUGUACAUAUUCUUUUGGGUGGGGGGUAAAAAGAAACCAAGAAGAAAAAGCAGUGUUACGUUCUUUUUUUAAAAAAAUUGUUUUGCUGCAAAUGGCUAAUACUUGCACUGUUAACUUCAAUUUACAUAGUUGUUUGGACAUUUUAUUUAAUACCUGUACAUAAUGCUGGUGCACUGAGCUGCGCACUCCAUUUACUUUGUAGCUGCUAAAAUAUAUCUAUAUAUAGACAAGUAUUCUUGUAAAUCUAACUUGGUAUUUUUUCAAAUGUUGGUGGGUAAGAGUUUAAGAUGAGAGAUUGAGAUUGUUGAGUAAAUACUCUCGUUUGUAACUUUUUUUCCCCCUAUAUCACUUACCCUCUCUAUUUUACAACAGAGAUUUAAUUUCCCUUAAAUAUGUCCGUUCGACAUGCAAGUAAGUACCUAUGAUGUCUACCUGGAAAGCACAGCCUUCUUCAACUCAAUUCAAUGAGGUUCUCAUUCAAGCCACGUGCGGAUGUAACAUGGGAUGUCACACGUUGACCACACCAGCCGAGUAGAGUAUGUGUGCGUGUGGAAACAUGUUAAUGCUAACACAUGUCUGAUUCAUUGACUGAUACCAUAACUUUACAUUCCAGGAGACGGAGGAGGAAUUGUCACCUGUGGGAUUAACAACCUUAUAUUUAAUAUUUAAUAUUGCCUCCCCUCUCCCCUCCCCACUCUUUUCGUUCCUGUACAAAGGUGAUUAGAAUUUAAUCAUACAAAAUGUUAUGGGUUUGCCCAAUCCACUACCUGUUCAGGUGGGCUUACAUUUUGCAGACAAUAUUACACUUGUACUGUAAAGAUUUUUAAUGAUCUGUGUUUCUUUUUUUUAAAUCAUGAUCAAAGUAGAGUAAAUAGAUGUCAGGAAGCCCCCUGAGAUCUCCUUAGUCUUCAAAGCUCUGUCUGGCAGACCAAACUACCGAUAGUUUAUGGCUGCCUGUGUUCCCUCUCUCCCCCCACUCCCCCGCCCCCACACACAGACACAUACACCUUACUGGCCUGUGAGGAGGCUGCAUCCAGCAUUGAUUUGUAUAAUUUUUAUUGUUACCGAGGUUCUGCAUUGGGUCUAGACCUAAGUAUUAUGUGCCAGAUUUUUCUAGACAAGCUUCCCGUUAGCCUCUCGUACUAUCAGGAUAGCACCUCCAAGCUCUUGUCAAACAUUAGUAAAAUAAACUAUGAUUGAGCCCUUAGCCGUAGAUGCAUGUAAAGUAAUCGACACCAAGGACAGGUUAAUGUGAUAGAGGCCAAGACACCGGACUCAUUUAAGAAAUAAACUAUUUUUUGUUCAACUCUCUAGUCCAGGAGAGUCCAAGGCCAUUUCAUCUCACCUCUACUGCAGAGACGGAGGGAGGAAAAUCAAUUAGAAUUUCUGCUCUUGAUUCCUCUCCAGUGAUUUCUGUUGGUGUGUGACCAUUCAACGAGGACAAGAUCAACCUCGCAAAGCCCAUGAUUGUAAAACUUAGUGUCUGGGCUCAGGAUUUAGGUACUGUAAAAUGGUCAUGACUGUGGAACCAUACCCAUACUCCACCACAUCUCGGUAACUUCGGGAGAGGAGUAAUGGAAGAACUGAAUAAUCCUUGCAUUUGAUAUGGUGCCUUAUGAUGUCUUCGAGACGUCU